AUUUCAAGCUGAUCGCAUGAUAACUUACACCAUGUUUUCGGUUAGCACCAGAGCAAUCCAACGGAUCACUGGCAGCGGCAGGGCCGUUACCUGCCCUCAAUGUCUCCUCAAGGAGGCUGGCAGCAGCAGGGCCGUUGCCAGAUCGCUAGUGCGGUCACUUGCCACUGCUGCAAAUUCUGAUGCAGUGCCGUCCGCUGCAUCAUCAUCUGCAGCGCCCAGCGGCGAUUUAAAAUUGCUGUCCAUCGUCGAUCAGAUCGAGAAGCUCACUCUCUUGGAGGCAUCCGACCUUGUGGGGCAUCUGAAAACUCGUCUCAACAUCACAGACAUUGCUAUGCCCUCCGCAGCACCGGCAGCUACUGCUUCCCCUGCAGCUGACGCAGCCCCAGUGGAGGCAGAGAAGCCCAAAGAGAAGACUGUUUUCACUGUCAAGCUUACGGGCUUGAAGGACGCCUCGGCGAAGGCGAAGGUCAUCAAGGAGAUCAAGGCGCUCAACAGCAACAUGAAUUUGGUGGAGGCUAAGAAAUUCGUUGAAAACGCGCCGCAGACCCUCAAGGAAGGUCUCAACAAAGAGGAUGCAGAGAAGCUCCAGAAGGCAAUUGAGGCAGCCGGUGGUACGGCCGAGCUGGAGUAAAACCACUAACUCUUCCGUAUCUCAAAUUGGUACUUGCACAAUCAGAUGUAUAUAUGCAGCAUCAGUUUUUUUUCUUGUUGGGU